AUGGCCCGCUUUUAUCGCAGGCGGUUCGAGUACGUCAUUGUAGGUGGCGGAACGGCCGCGGGCUACGCAUGCAGGGAGUUUGUGGCACAGAAUGUGGGCGUCGACAAAGUGGCGGUGGCAGUGCGCUCACCCUCCCCCAUCCCACGGGAGCGCCUGAAUGGUGGCAGCCCCAACAGCGAUGGCAGCUGCUUGCCGAGUGACCAGCCGCCCAGCAGCCUGAACGCCACCGGGCCCAAUCGCUUGGGUCAGCGGGGCAUGGCAUCGGCGCUGGUGCGAGUGAAUGGAUCUUCAGCGAACCUGUCGCAGUUUCUGGCCACAUGUCUCCUUCUGGAAAAGCAGACGGAGGAUCUAACAGCCUUGUGGUGUUAUCAGAUCUUCGAGUGGAUGUCCUUUUUCAGUGUGAUUUAUUUGGCUCAGUGGACUUCGCAUCUGUUUUUACUACUGGUCCUGCUGGCCAUGUAUGGCUUGGCUGCAGUGCGGGCGGAAGAUUUGAGAAGUCCCCUGUUGCGACCCAUCUACAUGUUCCUGCCGGAGAGACAUUCCUGCUUCGGCCUUUGUCAUGAACAGCAGUCCGCCUUGCUUUAUCAGAGCUCUGCAGCGUUGUUGCGCUUGGGAUCUCUACUGCUCUGGCUUCUGCUCAUCGUCAGCAUGCCCGAGCAUCAGGACAUCUGUGUGGUGCCAAUUACCAACUUUGUCGACAAGACUUGCCACGAUGUGCCCAUGUGGCUGUCCAGCGGCUGCGGGACCUUCGCUCCCAAGGAAUACCGCAACUGCGUGGCCACCAGCUGGAUGCAGUACGGUUAUUGCAACUUGCUGGCGGCGCAGUGCCGGAACCAAGCUCUGGGCAAGAUCAAUCUGCCAAUCAGCAUCGUCUUUAACAGCGGUAUCAGCUUGAUGUCGGUACUGGCGCCAUUUCUUUGGCUGGGCUGUGUUUUAUGGCUUUCCGUCCGAAAAGGAUUCUGUAUCUUCAACACGCCCAGGGCCUCUGAACUGACACUGGCCAUUCGAGAAGCAGAAAUUGACCUCUCUGAGGAUGUAGAGCAAUAUCAGGUGUUUAUUGGGCCCUCCUUGAAGCGCCUAAUGCGAUUGGACCUGGCCUUAACGCUGAUCGAUAUUGCCUCGGACGUCUUAGUCUUCUUCGUCUUUGCCGGUGCCUCCAACUGGACCUUGGCGCUUUUGCAGCUGCUGAUUCUCAGCAGCUGUGGAGCCAGCACCUAUGGCCUGCUCCGCAAGCACCUGGCAGGCAUGGAUGUGCUGAGGGAAUUGCUGAAGGCCUAUCAGUCAGGCGUCUUCACGGAGGACUACUUGAACCUCGUGUUGUUGGAACGACAGCGGCGCUGUCCCCUGUCCCUCUUCUUACAGCUCUAUGGAUCCAUGUUUGUCACCAGCAAUGCCCUGGUGGCUGCCAUUUUCUCGCUGGGAAUCCUGAGCAGUUUGCUGAGUGCCGUGCAGGGAGGCUUCCUCCACAUCCACCUGGAUCUGGAUGUGGCCCCUUGGUCGCUGAAUGUGUGAGGCGUCACAGGGCCCUGUGGAGUCGUGGAGGACGAGCAUUUCCCUGCCUAAAGCAGUGUGAGAUCGCACCGUGAAUCCCAGUUUCAUUCAAAAGUGUUC